AAUGACAAAAAUUCAGAAGUAGUACGGAAUUUCUGGGAUCAGCAAAAAAUCUCUGAUCUUGAUAAUAGCUUGGAAAUUUUAUCAAAGGAGACCAAAUUACAAAUGGCCAUUGCGGAUCUCAAAUACGUUAUCAAUAAAUCUGAAGAAGCAACAAUCCAUUCUGAUCUUAUUGGAGAAAGACGAGGUCAGAUUCUGAAAAGCGAAUUGAAACACAAGAGAAAGGUAAUUAAUGAUGUCACAAUCCACAAUAAGGAUAGUAAAACAGAUGAAGAAAUUCCUAACGAAACGGACAAUAAAGAAGGCGAGGCAAAAAAACGUGUGAAGAGUACUACAAAAAUGAAUUAUUCAAGCAAAAGUCUUCCGAGUUCUCCUGAGGAAGACGAAGGAAUAAAUUUUGAUUUUACCAAUAUUGAAAAGGUAUUGUUUCAAGAAUUGACAAAUGAGUUGGUACUAUCAACGUAUCACAAAGAUUUAGAGAAUACCAGAUGGAAGUACUUGAGAUCCUUAGCCAGCUUAAUCUCAGGUACCAAUUAUAAUUUACAAGUUUUACGCUUUGGAUUAAGUUCACUUCAUGGUAGAAGAUUAUUGUUGAACUUUAGCAGAGAUACAAAUUUUCUAACCGAGAGAAUCAUGGAUGUAUUAUCGUUAUCAUAUCACAAUUUAACUUUGCUCAAAAUUCAUUUAAGAAGCCAAUGA